AUGCCGUCCAUUCUCAAUCUCCCUUAUGAGCUUCUCACCUGUGUUCUCGGGCAACUCAGUCCCUUCGACCUUGAAUCUGUUGCAAAGACGUUCAACAAGACGCUCUACAGCACUUCCCAUCGACUUCUGAAGCCCCACGCAUGGUGGAUGAAGAAUGCUCUUCGAAUGUCUGCCCUCUUCCCCCCAUUCGCCACUCAUACCAACCGCCGCUUGCUGCCAUCGUUCCCCGGCCAUCUCGAGCCAUUGAACGAGGACUGGAGCUCAACACGGGAUGAAAUGUCUGUCAGAGAUUGUAGAGUGCUGGGCCUUGAUCUCAACUUUCUGCCGUAUAUUCGAAGCUCGCCGCCGGAUCUCCGAAGCUGGAUGAAGCUGGACGGGACUUUCGGCUGGCUGGAACCGCUUGGUGACCGAGUUUUGGACGACAUGAGGCCAUAUAUCGGCAUUGAAGGUAGAGAUCCCGUUGCCCCUGGGUGGCAAAUCGACCUCUUGGUCAAGCAAGCCGGAGAGCUUGGUUUGACGCUACCCGAAGGCUUCGAGGUGUUUCUCAGGAGCGACCGCUUGCAUGGCCACAUCCCAAGCUACAGCGCAUGGUAUUUUAGCCUCUCGAAGCUGGUCAAAUGCCCAUCUGAGUUCGACGAGGGCGCAGGAGGCUAUCUUGUGCGGUUUCAUUGCGACCAGCAGUUUUGCGCCUUCUCAUAUCUCUACCUGAAUCCAGUGGGGAAUCACUGCGUCCUCGGGUCGGCUACCGAUAUAUACCAAGACAUGAGCACGGAUGAGAUCGAAGCGCCUGAUGCCCCACAGCAAGAGCAGGAUCGGGAUCAGCAGGAUGGGGACAAUUAUAAUGAUGCUGGUGCUGGCGUCGAAGAGGUCAAAGACCUGGCCAAGCUAGACUUUACCCUAUGGGGCUUGACAUUCGAAGAAUACCUAGCAAUGACAUACUUUGAAGAACUUCUCAGCUAUGGCGCUAAGCCUUUCAGGGGCCUUAAGGAUUUCGCCAAACACAUUUAUAGGUCGCCCAUCGAAGUGGAGGCCAUGCGCACACAUAACCCUGCAAUUGAAUCCUUUCUCCAAGCCCGAGGCUGGAAAGGGAAAGAAGACUACCCUCGGACUUAUGUGGCCGGCGAAGACGAUGAAGAGUGA